AUGGAAGCUGGGGAGAACGAAGAUGUUGAGGAGGCCAUUGCUCUUUGCCAAGAAUCAUUGGCAGCUGUGUCUUCACUACACCCAGGCAGGUACUUCAGCUACAUGUGGCUGCAUGAGGCCUAUUUGUCUCGUUACUGGAUUCUACACGACCCUGCUGAUUUGUCUCUUGCAGUGGAGAAUUUCAGAUUCGCAUCAAGACAUUCUACUCAAGGCUUCCCACAACGCAUCAUGAACGCAUUUAAGUGGACCAUUGCAGUGGAGCAGCAUGGUCAUGGAUCCGCGCUGGAAGCCUACUUGACAUUUUUUGAGCUUCUGGAUGCUCAUUUGACAACACGGUCUUCGGCAACUUCACGGCGCGAAGCUGCUGCUGCCUUCCAUUAUGCCAGAAUGCUCCCAGCAGAUGCAGCAUCAUGUGCCAUCCGCUGUGACAAUCUACCACAUGCAGUUGAACUUGUGGAGCAGGGCCGUGGCCAGCAAUGGUUGCUGGCCUCCCGACUCAGGACUCCGGUUGAAUCCCUUGAGUCAGCGAAUCCAGUACUGGCGCACAAUUAUUUGGAGCUGAGCACACUCAUUUCCAAUGCAGCCCAGAGUUCUGCAACAAUCACCGACAGAACUGCUGCUGAUCGGGCAGCGAUAGAAUACAGGAGACUCACAAGGCAAUGGGAAGCUGCGGUAGCUGAGAUACGUGAUCUUCGGGAGUUCUCGUGGUUCCUGCUCCCACCUUUGUAUGCAGACCUGCAAGCGGCAGCCCGCCAGGGCCCAGUCAUCAUCCUCAUUGCGAGUGAAUACUCAUGCAGCGCCAUCAUCAUUCCAACUUCAGGAGACUCCCAUCAUGUUCCCUUGCCAUCUGUCACUCUCGCAGAUCUGACCAAUCUCAAGGACCGCUUCGCCAGGGCAAUAAGACACACAUCUACCCUGGGCCCCAAAGUGCCGCGAAAUGAUCUAAUAGUCCUUUUGCGGACACAAUGCCUGGAGGAUCUCUACAUCUGCUCUUACACGCCCACACUUUCGGCUCUGGUCAGAUCCAGACAGAUGAUGAAGAAGCGCGUCACUCCAUCCUUCGUGAUGGGUCAACCGGGUGCAGGGAAAGGCAAGCCACUCAAGGCCGUCGACAGCGAGCUCGAGCUUGUCCAUAAGCUCGUCCCUGUGACGGCCAGACACACUAAUAUUUCUGGGGAUGCAGCCACACGAGCAGGUGCUCUCAAACCUUUGCAGCAGAACACCUGGGUGCACCUAGCUUGUCAUGGCAAACAGGACCUAAAGCAGCCUUACAAUUCGCAUUUCGUCAUGAGAGACAAACACCUGACGCUGCUCGAUAUCAUGGAGAAACAUAUGCCACAGGCCGAGUUCACGUUCUUAUCGGCUUGUCAUACUGCCGUAAGCGACGAGGAGACGCCAGAUGAAGCGAUCCACCUCACAGCUGGGAUUCAGUUUUCAGGGUUCAAGAGCGUCGUUGGCACGCUGUGGCAGGUCGACGACUUUGUCACAAAACACGUCGUCAAAGCCUUCUAUGAAAGUAUGUUCAAAGAUUUGAAGGACGGAGGUGCGAUGGACUGUACGAAGGCGGCCUGGGCACUGAACCGUGCUAUGCACACUGUGAAGACGACAGUGCCGCUGGAGCAGAGGAUGGUUUUCGUUCAUAUUGGUGUUUAG